GUCACUUCGAACGAAAGGGAUCGGGUGGAUUUUACUAUCGCGGUGGCUGUGCUAGCUGUACUUCAUUUGCAGUGUCAGUGGCACUCUCUGUCUUCAACGACCACCAUCGACGUUCAACUUCAUCGCUCGACAUGACGAUGGCUACAGAAGUUAUGUCUGUUAACAGCUCAGAUUCAAGCUCGACGAGUUCGUCAGUGUCUAUCCGAGCUACCAAGCGUAAAUUCGAUGAUGCACUUCAAAGCCUCGACAGCGCUGUAGCUCCAGCUAAACCCGCAUCUGAAAGACCAACACCACCCAAGCGACCACAUAUGACCCGCUCUCUCUACUCUACCCUCGCCAAGUACGGUAUCAAGUCCAACGAACCAAAACCACCCGUCGAUACUGCGGAUAAGCAUGAUAUUUCCAAGACUGCCCCUCACCUUGCUGCGAUCUUGGCCCGGACUGCGUCCCGCUCCAAGAGCCAAGGAGCUUCCCCUUUUGCACACCCUAGCGUUCCAGCAUCAGCUUCACUCGCCUCAGAAUACCGACCAUCAUCUACUCAGUCAUUUUUAUCCCGUCUGUCGACCUACAAGUUGGCGACAUACGCAAACAAGCCACCCCAAAUCGAUGCUGUCGCUGCAGCCAAGUGCGGUUGGAUAAAUGAUGGCAAGGACAGACUAGUGUGCGGAAUUUGUGGUUUUUCAUGGGUUGUCGCGGGGCGAGACGGCAUGACACGAGAAGCUGCCAAUGCGCUCGUUGAGAAACAGCGCAUUCAGUUAUUAGAGAUGCACAAGGAUGGAUGUCCUUGGCGCACUAGGCAAUGUGAUUCGUCGAUUUAUCGCGUGCCGCUCCAAGCACCUGCCGCCAUGGCACGAGACAUCAAGUCUAACACACUCACUCUAGAGCCCCUCCUGACAGACGUCGUGAUUAAACAUCCGCUGUCGGCCUCCCAGCUUUCCUCGCUUCGUUCAGCAAUUGCCUCAGUCAAGCCUACUCAGCCGCAGCCAGAAUCUGAGGAUGAGUCCUCAAUGCAAGUCGAUGCAGACCCUGAGCCAUCUGAUACUACACUCGUGACUGCCCUCUUCGGCUGGUCGUUGGCCCCGCCUUCUCCUCCCUCGGAACGCACUCGCACUACAUCUCUUUCUCGAAUAGCCACGAUGUCCAGGCCAGCCUCCCCGUCGCUGUCUAGAGCUUCGUCAGUUUCACGCACUGUUCCGUGGGGAAGAGGGGAUUCUCCGUCUCCGAUGCCGUCUUCACCCCUUACUAGUAUCUCGCAGCUGGGAGGUACACCCCCGCGUGCGCGCACCCCACGCUUAAGCGACAUCGGGAGAAGCGCCCGGGACACAUCUCUUCUGCACUGUUCUUUGUGUCAACGACGCGUUGGCCUUUGGGCAUUCACACCCCAGUCCGCUCCACUACCACAAGACGGCAGUUUACCACCACGUUCGUCGACAAAGGAGAGGCAGUUUGAUGUGCUGAAUGAACAUCGGUCGUAUUGCCCAUAUGUUGUUCGCUCGACGAUGGUACCGAAGCUACCUAUGCCACCUAUCCUCGCCUGUUUCUACGGAUGCACCGGCAGAUGGUGCAAUAGAGGGGAUGGCGUGCUGUGCUGACUGUUGUGCUCCGACACGGACUGAGUGAGCGGCAGCGUAAUGCACGCUUAUCAUUGUCCGGAGGGGAUAAAAACAUAAUGCACGGAGUUGACGGAGAGCUUGAGGGCGUGGAAGCUAUGGUCGCAGGGGUGAAGAGCAAGGGGGGGCGGGAACUAUUGAAAUAUGUGAAAGGACUUUUGGGUUGAUGUGUAUUCUGAGUUCGUACUUGUUUGCUUCGCACCAUUCCAUCCAGACAAUUGCCUGUAUGUUUCCAAUAACGAAGUUGACGUCUCCUGAGCGAAGCACGAUGU